GUACCUAGUUCCGUCCUCUUCUCUCCUCCAGCCGCAGCGGCACGCAGCAUCCUCGGCUCCCCACAGAGGGUGCCGACAGGACGCAGAGCCCGCGGAGGGAGCGGUCCUGGCCUGGGCACGGUUCCCGAAGAGGCCCCGGGGCCGCCGCUGGAUGGAGUCCGGCUGCAUUCAGACAGCAAUGGCUAUGGGUCUGGCAUCGAAGAAGGCGUCUGCUCGGAGCGUCGCGGUGGAGCGAAAAAACCUCAUCACGGUUUGCAGAUUCUCUGUGAAGACCCUCCUGGAAAGGUACACGGCAGAGCCCAUCGAUGAUUCCUCUGAGGAGUUUAUAAACUUCGCCGCUAUUUUAGAGCACAUCCUCAGCCAUCGCUUUAAAGGUAACACAGCAGGUUCGGGGAGCUGGUUCAGCUCCGAUGGGCAGCGCAGCUUCUGGGAGUACAUUCGACUGGCGUGCAGCAAGGUCCAGAACAACUGCAUCGCCAGCAUCGAGAACAUCGAGAACAUCAGCACAUCACGCGCCAAGGGCCGGGCGUGGAUCAGAGUGGCGCUGAUGGAGAAACGUCUGUCUGAAUACGUGUCCACGGCUCUGAGGGACUCGAGAACAACCAGGAGGUUUUAUGAUGAAGGAGCCAUCAUGCUGAGGGAGGAGGCCACGGUCCUGACCGGCAUGCUGAUCGGACUGAGCGCCAUUGACUUCAG